CUCGUCAACAAUUCAGUCUGCAGACGCCAUAAUAUACAGAGAGGUGAAAAGGAAUACUCCCACUUGAGUCACUAGAAAAUGUACAUAAUUUAAGAUUGGAAGUUACUGUAGCAUAAGUUAUUUUAUCGUAAAACGUUUUAGAUUGGUCAGUUCAACGAAUGCUCUAAGGAAUCUCCCUUAGGUUGAGUAACAUGACUAUGAUCGAGAGAGAAAACGAAAACAUCUCAGCUGUGAACACCGGAUGCAUCCCAAAAGUUGCCCUAGUUCCAGUUAAAACCAGAGAAAUCUCUGCAUCAGAAUCUUGUUUAGGAAAUACAGCUACUGAAUUAAAUGUAAAUGAAAAGUUAUGUACAACAGAUCAAAUUGAAAUCAAACAAGAGAUGGCUACGGGAAAUUCUGAUGACCUAAAUUCUAAACCUGCAAAUGAAGUAGUGAAAGCACAACCCACUCACCAGCACAGAUCAAAACAUGUUAGAUCUUUUUCAGACUGCACUGGCCUGAGCUCCGCUUCCUCUGAUAGACAUAAAAUUUCCCCAUUCAUUCAAGUUGGGAAUGUCUCUGGAAAUGUACAAGACAGUUCAAAAAAGCCUGGUAGGCCUCGUUUCUUGGAUGAUGGUGGAAGUUCUAUUGUAGUGGCUGCUGGAGGGCAUGAGUAUCCAAAAAGACAAAGAGGUCAAUCACUAGUGGAUUAUUUGAUGUCCAAUCAAUCAAGGAAAAUUGGCCCAGAGCUUGAUAGGGAAAAUGCACAUUUCAGUGUUUCUGAAGCCAUGAUUGCUGCCAUUGAAGAAACAAAAUUCUACAAAUGGACAGACAGUAAAGAAGAAGAAGAAGACGACCAGUUAAUAAAAAGUGAUCUCAACGAUGAGAGUGACGAAGAAAUACGUCAAAUGAAAUUCGAAUUACAAUCAGCAUUUAGUGAUAAACAUUUUGUUUCCAAUGCGGCUACAGACUGUAGCAUUUCACCCGAAUCUAGUGUUUCCACAAUGACCCCUCCUUUUUCUCCCUCGAGUUCGUUGGCUUCAGCAAUUCUGUUUGCGGAUUUUAAAAAGAAUGGCGCAAUGGAACAUAUUGAUUCUGGUAUAUCAUUUACUUCUUUUUGCUCUGCAAUUGAGAAAGAAAGACGUAGAUCCCGAAAACUUGCUCGUUUGAAACGCGUCCAUUCGCGAUUAGUGUCUCGAAUGAGUUCGGGUUUUCUCACUGAAAAUGCGUCAGAUUCUGCCGCAGCAAUGCCUAGCGCUCCUAUUGCCGUCAACCAACAUCGAAUCAGCAGUGAAUCGACUAGCCGACGGGCCCUGUUUAGUCCAUCACCUCCUUCACCAGUGUCCACUUCUACGCCUUCAACUCCUUUAAAUGAAUCUACCGUCUCUGCCGAAAAUAUUGCUCUUAGUCUUUUAGGUCAUUUUAGUCAACUCCGGCUACCAAACGAAUCUGAAAUGGAGUGGCUCGUCUCAGAGAAAGAUGCUCCACAACACCUGUUACCUAUGCCUCAAAGUUGGCCCGUCAAUCCUGACGAUCCCUUCAUGCAAUUAAAAGAAAACGAAAUUGACGAAGGACAGAUGACAAGCCUCCGCGGAAAUAACGAGUGGGCACCGCCACGCCCUCAAAUCGUCUUCGCUGUCUACACAUCACCCAACCUCAAGGUCGUUAUGGCCAAACAGAACUACCGUUGUGCAGGGUGUGGCAUGAGAGUUGAACCCGAACACAGUCACAACUUCCGUUAUUGUCACUACUUGGGACGUUAUUUCUGCACAGCCUGUCACUCUAACAAAACUUUCGUCGUUCCCAGUCGGAUUUUCAAGAAAUGGGAUUUUAGAAAGUAUCCUGUAUCAAACUUUUCCUAUGACCUGCUGGAACGCAUGUGGUUUGAUUCACUUUUCCGUUUGGGUUACAUCAAUCCCCUUUUGUACCGUCGUUGCCGACAAUUGAACAAAGUGCUUGAACUACGGUUGCAGCUUAUAAACGUCGCAGAAUUCCUACGUAUUUGCCGAUUCGGCACAGAUAUUUGGGAAGAUUUCCGAAAACAAUCAGCCGACUGGCUUGAAGAUCCCGAGAUUUAUUCGCUCUAUGAUUUGACUAGAGUUAAUUCGGGUGAACUAUUCCAGCUUUUACGCCAAAUCGUUUCAAGUGGCAUGAAUCACAUUAUUCAUUGCGAGUUGUGUAAAGCUCGCGGCUUCCUUUGUGAGAAGUGCAGUUCUUCUGAAGUGAUCUUUCCAUUUCAAGUCGACACGGUAAUACGCUGCAGUCAGUGCGGUAGCUGCUUUCAUCGUCCCUGUUGGAGCAACCCGGCGUCAUGUCCUCGCUGUCAAAGGAUUGCUCGGCGAUUGCAAGUGAACAAAUCCCCAAUCACUUGAAAAGCGAAUGCCCACCUCCCUUAAUAGGCAUUAAUUAUUCUUCUUGUGCAUAGUCAUUGUAGUAUAAGACAAACAAAUAUUAACAUUGAGAUUUAUAUUUUCGGUCGGGGGUGGACAGUGUUGGUGUAACAACAUGCCAAUUCUAAAGAUGAAACUCUUCAAAUUCCA